UCUGCGGAGCCUUUUCACCGGUUGGUGAGGCAGGACGCGUCCCGCUCUGUCGGACAUAUAAAGGAGGGUUCCGGCUGCUGGAGGCAUUCAUUCGUACACAAGUUUGAGACAACUCGAAUAUAAUGUCCGGAAGAGGAAAAACCGGGGGCAAAGCCAGAGCUAAGGCUAAAACCCGCUCCUCCAGAGCUGGACUCCAGUUCCCCGUGGGUCGUGUCCACAGGCUGCUGCGUAAAGGAAACUAUGCGGAGCGCGUCGGUGCCGGAGCUCCUGUCUACUUGGCGGCUGUUCUAGAGUAUCUGACCGCUGAGAUCCUGGAGUUGGCUGGAAACGCUGCCCGCGACAACAAGAAGACCAGGAUCAUCCCCCGCCACCUGCAGCUGGCUGUCCGCAACGACGAGGAGCUCAACAAGCUGCUGGGCGGAGUCACCAUCGCCCAGGGCGGCGUCCUGCCCAACAUCCAGGCGGUGCUGCUGCCCAAGAAGACGGAGAAACCCGCCGGCAAAGCAAAGUAGACCUGGAUCAGCUGUGAUCCACAAAAACGGCUCUUUUAAGAGCCACGCACACAACCUAAAGAACAAAGCCUUCAUUUAAGUACAGCGUAUUUAGAGAUGACACAUUCACUACUUGGAAGACUUAACGUUACAAGGCUUCACUUAAAUCUUUUUCUUUGCUUAUUGUUUUCUUUGCACUGCUUUGGGGACGCAUGAGUCUGGAAGAACAUGAAGCUAAACACAAUUACACGUCACCGACUCACUGCUCAAACUCACAGUUGUUAACGUCAGUAGUCAUUUUACACGCAGUAUGUAAAAGCUUACAAUCAAUACAUGAGCAUGUACGCCUACACCCAAAGACAGAAAACCUAAAAAUAAAUGAUCGGCUGUAUUUGGUUCUCAAACUACUUUGAUGAUAAUGUUAUAACUAAUAGUGAUCCAGGUGUAGCGCUAAACGUUACACAGAAUAAAAUUACAUGUCAGUUCUGAACUUCUCUCCACCUUAUUCUGUUCCAGAGCAGAUCACAUGUGUGCAUGUGCCUUGCCAGAGUGAGGCAAACCCAAAGCACCAGGAAGUAAAUGUAUACCAGUAUAACAAAGUUUAAAUAUGGUUGAUUUAUUCAAUAGUAAAAUUUAAUAAAACCACGUGAAUCAGAAGUUGUAAAAAUAUUGCAGGAUAAGAAACCUUCUGAAAGGAUAAGAGCUGGUUGAUUAGCACAGGGAGGCUCCCUGUCAGGGCCGUGGUAUCUUGGAGCUGCUACGUGAAAACAAAGCAGUGUCCCAUGAUCUACUGCGACAAGGAUGAAACCCAGCAACAUCUCCUAAUUGACUGCUAUCGAGCGCAGGAGGUCCGGUUUAGGCUGAAAGGCCUGGGUCCAGACUUUGAAAUAAGUUAUAACUCUGUUCUGUGUGGGAUACUGGAAAAGACAUGGACUCCACAAAAAGCUGAACCAUUCCAGGGGAUCAUCUCCAUGGUAACAACUCGACUUUGGUAAACAAGAUACAUUAUGGUUUUAAAACAGACAGUUAUUGAUAAUGACACUUCAAAAUCUAAGAAGACAUAGAACUGUGGACAAACGCAAAUCUCUCCAUGGCAUUUACUGGACAUGUGAAUAUGCUCUUUUUCUCUUGUUUUAGUCAAAUUCUUAUAAAGUCUGCAAAGUAAUUUAGAUAUCGUGGCAUCCUCACUGUUAAGCGCAUCAUAAUUAUAUUCUCAUGGUUGGUAUUUUUAUUAUUAAGAUGAUUGCUGGGAUUGAAGGUAAUACUAGUGCUAUUCAAAAUCCAUGGUAAUAAUAUCUUGUCUUUUAAUUGAAAAUGAUAGCUAUUAUGAUGUUGAUGAGUAUGUGAUAUUGUACUGAUAAUGAGCAUUUUUCUUUAUUGAAUUGUUUACUGUUGUUUGGAAAUUUUGUGUAUUAUUUCGUUAUUUCAAUAAAGUUGUAUAAAGCAAACCCAAAAGGACAAACAGACACAAAGUGUGCUACACACAUAACCAGAGGACAAAUACACACACAUGGGGGAGCCCCAGCACUAAGCAGGCUGCUACACAAGUAGUGAUACUGUAGCGGUCCAGGAGUAGACCCACCUACCCAGGAUUAUGGGUGUAACUGGGAUCAGGGUUACCAGUGUUUGUGUGUUUUGUUUUGUGUGUCAGUGCCCUGUGGCCUGUGUGGAGGAUAUGUGUGAGUGAUCUUAUGGUGCUGAGGUGCAUUUAAGUGUCAGUCGGCAUAGAUGUUUGAAAGUUGAGUCAUGUUAACUGAAUUCCUGUUGUAAUCAAACAAGGCCUUUGUCAUUCAGAUGGAGACACACUGCUGAAACUUAUGGUGUGUGAGUGUGGGAAUUGAAUUUAGUUAUAACUAUUAGUCAUAGUAUCAUACCAAUAAUAAAUAAAUAUAGUCAGUUCAUUUGCAUUGUCAGUGCAAGGAUUUAUUCAUGUCCAUUGUUGUAUAUUUUAGUUUGUUUUAAUACUAUUAUACAUCUUCUUUACAGAGUUUAACUGUUAACUGUGCAUCCAUGUCUAUUCCAGUGUCUUAUUAUCAAGCUGCAAGUCAUUUCUAAAUUCAGGACUUUCAGCAUGUUCCAGACUUCCUGGACCCUGUGACAGUCAAUUAGCAGACGCUGCUGAGACUCAUCUUCAUCACAAUGCAUCAUGGGACACUGACUAGUUGAUACAUUGUGGCUCCAUGAAAUCACAGUCCUGACUGGAAGUUCCUCUCACUCAUCAGCCAACGGUUUCUCCUGUUCUGAGCUCCUUAUUCUAAACUAUCCUCAGUUUUUACACCUUUGUACAGUGUUUGUAUUGAAUGAUAUCACCACAUCUAAAGUUUGUUAUUGUGUUAUAAAUCUCUGUGUUGAUAUUUGUUCACAUGUGUUACAAAUACACCUAUAAACGUGACGCACGUCAGCAGCUGAGGCUGAUUGGACCUUUAACCUGGGAAUAUAACCCCAUUGACCAAGGCCUGCUCAACCUGGAUCUGAGGCCAGACAUUAACUCAACUAUGGAGGACGUCAAACUCCACACAUGUGUUAACAAAUACAUUUAAUAAGGAGCACAAAUAAUAAAGACAAAACAUUAACUAAUAAUCACUGCAUGACAGGACAAAGCAGCUAACACGAAAGGCUAAAAGCUGAAUAAACAAACAGAAAUUACACACACAGGUGACAACAACAAUACAACAUCACAAACAGGCACAGACAAACCUUCGUCA